UAUAAAUAAAAAUAUACAAUAGAGAAAUAAUAUUGAGCUUUAUUGUUGAUGAGCCGAAAAUGAAGGAAUGUUUGGCUCUUGAGUGGUUAUGUCAAGUAUUAAGUAUGUGUAUAUAAUAUAUAUUAGAUAUAUGGAUAAUUACUUAACUAGUUAAUUUGGUUUGAUUGGUUAGGAGUGUGUGAAACCAAACCAAACCAAACAAGCUAAAAUUUGUAAGCAAACCAAACCAAUUAUCCAGAUUAACCAAACCAAACCAAAUUAGCCAAACAAUAACGGUUGAAACGAUUACCAUGGUAAUCACUCCGUUUGAACACCCCCAACGAGAAGUGUGAUUAGACAUUGGGCUAAUUUGACCAUUAUGUAGCUUUUAUAGAAUCACCUUUUUACUAGAGUUUUUAGAGAAGUACUUUUAAAAAAAUCAUUAAUAGAAAUUUUUUUGAAAUGCCCGAGUACUCUAGAGUUCUUGCUAGAGGGAUAUCUAUUGAGGAUUGUUAUUCGUCGCCCUAAUUUUUACUAAUCAUCGCCCUACUCUGAUGUAAAAAGUCAUAUGAUACUCAUUAAGGACAUUUAGGAGUUUUUACAUUAAAAUAGGGCGAUGAUUAGUAAAAAGGAGGGCGACGAAUAGAAAAGCAUUAUCUAUAACCCUUAAUAGGAAAAAAUCCGAGACUGCCCAACUUACAAAAAGAAAUUCCCACAAUAUCAUAUUUUAAACCAAAAAGUCCAUAAUACCCAAGUUUGUAGCAGUUAAUUCCAGUGUCAAUCAAACUAGGUAGUGGUUCGCUUGACACAAGAGCGAACCACAUCCAAAGCGCCCGGAAAUGAGUGUGGCACGGCUGACCCCCAACGAACUACUCAGAUGUCUGUCAGUCCCCGCGCGAUCCACUCCUAAUCUAGGUUCAGAACUUCAAAUGAUCGUAACUUUGCACUCAGUUGUCUGAUCACAGCAAAUUUUUUAUUUUAUUCCGUAUAACUUUUAUGUGAAACUUCUUCAAACUUUGACAUUUUCGAGAGGGCAAAAAAUUGAAGUGUGGUAUUGUGGGAAUUUCUAUUUUGUAGUUUGGACAUUUUUUUCGGGAUUUGGUCCCCCUUAAUAAUACAAGUUUCUUACAGCUGGAACUUAACAUGUCUUCGCAUAUAACUCAACCUUACAUGCAUUACAUUUGUUGUAGAAUUUGCACAUUUUAGCUCUUGGACAUCUCUGUAAAACUAAUACUAACACAUAGUAGACUACCAAAGAAACUGAAUGGGGACUAUAUAAAAGGGCAUCCAGCCAGCUCCAUUCCCUCCAUUUCCAAACAAUCCAUAAAUAACAUCAACCAAUAUAUUCCUCCAACAAAAACCAUGGAACUCCAAACACCACCACUACCACCACCAGCACCGAAAAACGACUUCUUUCCAGGUGAAUUAGGAAACGAGACCCGAAUGAUAAUGGCAGCACUCUCCACCCUCCCUCCCCACAACCUCGCCGCCCUCACCUCCUCCAUCCUCUCCCUCGCGGACACCCGCCGCCGCUGCCUCACCGCCCUCCUCACCUCCCCCGCCGCCUUCUCCCUCGCCCUCGCCCACCUCCACUCCCUCUCCCUCCCCCAGAAAACCCACCUCGUCGCCAAACACCUCCUCUCCUCCCUCCACCACCUCACCUCCCACUUCUCCCCUCCCCCUCCGCCGCCGCCCGCCGCCUUCCACCACCGCGACGCCGACGCCGCCCUCCUCCUCCUCCUCCUCUGCGACCUCCUCCACCGCCGCCCGGACCUCCUCGACGCCACCCCCUACCACCACUGGCGCCUCGCCCUCGCUGCCCACUACCGCGCCGGCUCCGUGCUCUCCCACUGUGAGAUCGGCGUCCUGUACGGCGGCGUUUUGACCCCCUACGUCGAGCUGGUGUCGAGGUGCUGGAGGUUCGUGACGGGAGAUAGGGGGGAGAAGGCGGAGGCGCCGGCUGCUCCGGCGGCGGUGGUGGCCCUGCCGUCGGUGGACGGCGGCGGCGGCGGAGGAGGAGGGGAGUGCGUGGUUUGUAAGGAGGCGAUGGAGGAAGGGAGAGACGUGUGUGAGUUGCCCUGUCGCCAUCUGUUCCAUUGGAGCUGUAUUCUUCCGUGGCUGGUGAAGCGGAACACCUGCCCGUGCUGCCGGUUCGAGCUGCCCACGGAGGAUGUUGGCGGCGAGAUCCGACGGCUGUGGGGCUUUCUCGUCAACGCCGCUGGCGGUGGGGCAGCCGUCUGAUGGAGACACGUGUGGUGAAGAGGAGAAGCGGCGAUUCCCUGGUUGUAAGAUUAUACAGGUAGCUAGCUAGCUAGGCUGAUAAUGAAAAUAAUUCGAUCCAAAAGAACACGAGAGAUGAUUGUAGUAUAUUAUAGGUAUCAAAUAUCCAAAACAACCUAAUUGCUGUAGUUACGUUUUGGUGUAUAGACGAAUGUUGGCGUCUAAGCCAUGAUAAAAUUUACCUAAAUCUUGGGAGAUUGUCGGUAUGAAAUAGUGUGACAUUAAUGAAAUCACGUUGUAAGAAAAUGAGAAAUUUUAC